AUGACAACUUUUCUUUCCGAACUCGACGCCCUCGGCAAACUUCAAACGGAAGUACCUAAUCUACUAGCGCAUUCAAUCGAUACGCUCGAUACACUAGGCCUUUGCAAAGCCUUCAAUCGCGAAGAAGAGGGGGUAUCUCCGGCCAUUGCGUGCUGUCUACUAGUAAUCGCAUCACUGAUUGAUGAGCUGGUUCCUCGGUUACAAGAUGGUGGCAGGCUCAUUUACGUGGGAGCUGGCAAUAGUGGCCGAUCUGGGCUUAUGGACUGCAGUGAACUGCCGGUCACCUUUUCUGUCGAGGAGAAGGAAUUCCUUGCCAUCGUUGCCGGGGGUAGCGACGCCAUAAUCAAAGCCCAAGAGGUUGCAGAAGAUUUGGAACAGGACCGAUCGAAGCAACUUGAAAGACUACAGAUCACCUGCAAAGAUACCGUCAUCGGCAUCUCAGCCUUGGGACAGACUCCAUUUGUUCUUGGAGCCCUUCGAAUUGCGAUAGAGCAAGGCGCAUUGACUGCCUCUAUCACAAAUACAACGCCUUCUGCAAUCGAGAAUCUGGGUGUCACCCAUUCCAUUGUGCCUCUACUGGAACCCGAGUUCCUUGCGGGCAGUACUAGGCUGAAAUUCGGCAGUGCGGCAAAGCAAAUCCUCAAUAUGAUCAGUAAAUGUUCGGUGAUACAAAUGGGCAAAACUGAUCUUGCACUUAUGAUUGAUGUGCGCGCGAAAAAUCACAAGCUGCUCUCCCGAGGCCGCAGAAUAAUCCGUCAAGUCUAUCGCAUACUUCAAAAGGAUGGUCAUAUCUUCAAUGAGACGGUUCAAGACCCAUACACGAUAGAAGACUCCGCUUUGGACGUUCUUAUUGAGCAAUGUGACGGCAGGGUCAAAGUGGCCUGUGCUAUGAUUGUGUCGGGCCUUCCACAAGAUGUGGUCCAGCAUCACCUUGAUCUGGUUAAUGGGAACUUCCAUUUGUUUGUUGACUCCCUCAAACAAUCCAUACCCAGCCAACCCCCCAUUCCAUCUAGCCAUUCCAAAGAGCUCUUCCUGGCUAUUGAUGGCGGAGGAACGAAAUGUGCAGUCUCUAUCGCUAAUACGACUGGGAUUGUGGCUCAAGCCGAUGCCGGGGCUGGUAACUUUCACUGUGUGCCCAUUGAUGUUCUUCUAGAUCAUAUCAAGAGUGCUGUCACAAAGGCCAUUUCCCUCCUGCCCGAGAAAUCGUCAUUAUCUUCAAAGCAAAUGACCAAAUUUGCUGCCGUAUGGGCUGGCCUAGCCGGGUUGCAGCAUGCCAAUCGCCGGGAGUGCUUGACACAGUCUAUGGAGGAAAUGUUCGGGGUUUCUGCUCAAAAUGGUAGUCUGCGUCUGUCAAGUGAUAGCGAGCUGAUCAGUGCUCAUAUCGGCCUCGAUGAUUCAAUCGACCGUGGUAUAUCUUUAAUAGCUGGUACGGGGUCGGUUGCGACCGCAUUCAAGCAAGACUCGAACGGCGAUGUCUUACAGAUCGGACGCGCCGGUGGCUGGGGCUCACUACUUGGAGACCAAGGAAGUGCGUUUGAUAUUGGCAAACAGGCCGUGCAAGCACUAUUGACUAGCCUGGAACUGAGUCAAGGCACCGGAACAGAUCACCUUUCUGAACUUGAGCUCGAGGUCCUAGCAAGCCUUGGCGAUUGCACAGAGGGCUUGCUAUCACGCAUCCUUUUUCCCGGGACAGAGACAAAGAAAAUCGUUGCCGACCUUGCAAGAGUUGUAACAACUCUUGGGUUCAGAGCCAUAAACCCAGAUCCUCAAGCUUUGGAAAUUCUGGUAUCUGCCUCCAGAUCUCUUGUUCAGAUUGUUAGGCCACUGGCCAAAAAGCAGAUUUGUGAUCCAGCAGCUAGUUCACUGGUAUUAUCGGGCGCUUUGAUGAAAGUUCCUGAAUUCCAAAGCCUGCUUCUCCACGAAUUAUCACAACAGGGGAUUUCUAAGUUCAAGAAUGUUGUGAUUGUGGAUGAUCCGUCGUCCGAUGCCGCAUUAUUUCUUGCUAGGCAAGCGCCGAAGGCGAAUUGA